AUGUCGCUGAGUCUUUCGGUGGCUGCCACCGUGAACUGUGCCGAUAACACUGGAGCGAAGAACCUGUACAUCAUCUCGGUGAAGGGUAUCAAGGGGCGAUUGAAUAGGCUGCUGUCGGCUUGUGUCGGCGACAUGGUGAUGGCCAAAGUGAAGAAAGGAAAGCCUGAUUUGAGAAAGAAGGUGAUGUUUGCCAUCAUUAUGAGGCAGCGCAAGCCUUUUAGCCGAAAGGAUAGUGUCUACAUGUACAUUGAAGGUAUUAAUCUAUACUGCACAAACCGGAAGGAGAAAGUGGAGCUCACAAAUGGAGUCUCUCUCGGCAACAAGAAUGAGUUUCAACUUACUCAGCUCACUCAGGAUGUUUUGAUCAUAUGGGGAGAUCAUGAUCGUAUUUUCCCCUUAGAUAAAGCAGCUAAGGUCAAAGAGUAUGUUUCUGCCUACUUCUUUCAACAUUGA